AUGGAUCUUAAGUCUACCUUCAAGAACACGGACAUAGAGCCUUUCUACAUCGGUGGUACCUCAGCCACCGUCUCCGAAAGUGGUGAACUUCUUGCCACUCCUAUUAACGAGGAUGUCAUAAUAACCAACCUCAUCACCAACGAGAUUGUCCACAGGAUCGAAGGUGAUGGAGAAUUGAUAACAAGUUUAAUGAUGACCCCUGAUGGAAAUACCUUAGCGAUCUUGUCCCAGUCUCAACAGUUGCGUAUUUUUGAUGUGGAACAAGGAAUUGUCACCAAGAACUUCAAAAUGUCAUCUCCAGUAUACAUAUCAACUGUCGACACCACUUCAUCUUUAUUUGCAUUCGGAGGUUCCGAUGGUAGUAUUACCAUCUGGGACAUCGAGGGAGGGUAUGUGACCCACUCUUUAAAGGGACACGGUACCACUUUGUGUUCGUUGGCAUUUCACGGUGAGUUAAAUUCCACUGAAUGGAAGUUAGUCAGUGGUGACAUCAUGGGUACUGUGAAGGUUUGGGACUUGGUCAAGAGAAAAUGCACCCAUACAAUCAAUGAACACAACUCUGCCGUUAGAGGUGUGGGAUUCGACUCCACUGGUCAAUUUUUAAUCACCGGUGGUAGGGACAAUAUCGUCAUUAUCUAUAAAGCACCAUCUUUCAAGCCUGUCAACACCUUCCAUAUCAAAGAACAAAUCGAAAAUGCCGGUUUCAUUACCUUAGAAUCAAAUCAAUACUUUUACACCGCUGGUUCUUCAAAUACCCUCAGAAUCUGGGACAUAAAUUCAGGAAAACUUUUGGCAUCUUCACCCACACCAUAUGAGACUAAUGAAGAAUUGAUGAUCAUUGACGUCAUAAAGUUGCUGACCAACGAUUUAUUCUUGGUGAUAAGUGAUCAAACCUUGGUCGAACUUGAUCUCUCCCAGUUCCAUGACCUUGACAAGGGUGGGAUUGAAAUUCCUAUUGGCAAGAGAAUUGCUGGUAACCAUGGUAUCAUUGCUGACCUCAAAUACGUCGGACCAGAGAAGAACUUGAUCGGUUUGGCCACCAACUCGCCUUCGUUGAGAAUCAUAGAUCCUACCAGACCACUUGAAUUAAGACUUUACGAGGGGCACAAGGACAUCCUCAAUGCUAUUGAUGUCUCUAGUGACGGUAAGUGGAUUGUCACCGGCUCCAAAGAUAAUGAAAUAAGACUUUGGAAAUGGGAUGAGGUUGAACAAGACUUCACCCAUCACACCUUGUUCCAUGGACAUGCUGGAUCAGUCACCGCUGUCAGUUUGAGCAAAUCCAAGGACUAUCCUGAAUUCAUCAUUUCUGGAUCUGCCGACUUAACUGUGAAAAAGUGGAAGAUUCCAUCUCAACCAAACACAACCGUCAAAUCAUCCGAAUACACAAGAAGAGCACAUGACAAGGAUAUCAACUCCAUCGAUAUUUCGCCAAAUGACGAACUCUUUGCAAGUGCUUCCUACGAUAAAUUAGCCAAGGUAUGGGACGUUCAUAGUGGAGAGACUAUCGGUGUUUUGAAGGGACACAAGAGAGGAUUGUGGGACAUAAACUUUUACAAGUAUGACAAGUAUAUUGUCACUGGUAGUGGUGACAAAACCAUUAAGGUAUGGUCAUUGAAUGACUUCACUUGUGUCAAGACAUUCGAAGGACAUACCAAUUCUAUUCAACGAGUCAAGUUCUUCAACAGAUUGAGCCCACAGGUCAUCUCUACUGGUGCAGAUGGUUUAGUCAAGAUUUGGGACUUCAAAUCGGGAGAAGUCUUGAGGACGUACGAUCAACACGACAACAGAAUCUGGUCGGUGGAUAUCAAGGAGGAUGGCCAAAUCUUUGUCACUGCAGAUGCUGAUGGUAAGAUAAUUGAGUGGGAAGAUAACACCGAAGAAGAAAUCAAGCUUAAGGAGCAGGAGGACAAACAUAAAAUCGAACAAGAACAAACAUUGGCAAACUAUAUCCAGAACAACGACUGGUCUAAUGCUUUCUUGUUGGCUUUAACCCUCAAUCACUCCAUGAGAAUGUACAACGUGAUCAAGUCAUGUAUUGAGCAAAAUGAAGACACCGAAUCUCCAAUUGGUUCCACUUUAUUGGAAGAAACCAUCGCACAGUUGGACGAUGAACAGUUGGUGACCUUGUUCAAGAAGAUUAGAGACUGGAAUAUCAACUUCAAGUUCUUCGAGAUCAGUCAGAGAUUGUUGGGUGUUGUGUUGGAAAGAAACCCUCCAUCCAAGUUGAUGGAAAUCAAGGGUCUCGUCAAGAUCAUUGAUUCCAUUGUUCCAUAUAACGAGCGUCAUUUUGCUAGGUUGGAUGACUUGAUUGAGCAAAGUUACAUGUUGGAUUACACCGUGGAGGGAAUGGGUUUUACUGCCGAAGCGUAA